CUCACAGUAACCUCAACUCCUGCCACAAUGUACAAAAUGCAACUCUUGUCUUGCAUCGUACUGACUCUCGCACUCGUCGCAAACAGUGCACCUACUACUUCAAGCUCUACGAAGGAAGCACAGCAACAGCUGGAGCAAUUGCUGCUGGACUUACAGUUGCUCUUGAAUGGAGUUAAUAAUUAUGAGAGCCUCAAACUCCCCAGGAUGCUCACAUUUAAAUUCUACAUGCCCAAGAAGGCCACAGAAUUGACUCAUCUUCAAUGUCUAGCAGAAGAACUCAAACUUUUGGAGGAAGUGCUAUAUUUAGCUCAAAGCAAAAACUUUCACUUGACAGACAUCAAGGAACUAAUGAGCAAUAUCAAUGUAACACUUCUGAAACUAAAGGGAUCUGAAACAAGUUUCAAAUGUGAAUAUGAUGACGAGACAGUAACCAUUACAGAAUUUCUGAACAAAUGGAUUACUUUUUGUCAAAGCAUCUUCUCAACACUGACUUGAUAAUUAAGCACCUCCUAUUUAAAUG